AUGAAGCAGCAACAAGACCGAGAGAAUAUUACCUUUGUCACUGCCGAUAAUAUGCAAUUUGAAGUACAACAGCAAGAAUCACAUGUAUCUUUUGGUAUUGUGCAUCUUUUUCGUACAUUAGAGGAUGCUACAUCUUUCCAAUUGCAUUCAAAGCAUGAACCAGAAGUCAAUGAGGAAGGCGCUUUAGGUGAUGAGGCAGUAGAUGAGGCUCUCGGUACAGUACUUGCCAUGCUCAAUGUGCCCACCUCUGUCACAGUGGCCUCCCUUCUUACGUUUUGUGGUGCUGCGCUAGGUGCGCUGCAGUAUGUGAGACUUGUCCACCAAGUGGAUAUAGAUCAAAUGCUAGUCCUGCUUAAGUUUCAUGAUACUCUCGAUGCCGAAGAAUUCUUCAAGAUGUUCCAAGGCCAACCGUACGACGCGCUGGAGCCAACAGAUCGCUGUAAGCUUGUAUAUGUGACAGGAGUCACUGUAAAUACUACCACAUCUUUGCCCCAUGUGCUUCCACUUGUCUCUGGCACAGAGCCAUGGCCCAUCAUUCGCGAUUCUGACGUGGCCAAGGAUGCAUCAAUGCAGGCGCUGCGCCCCUACCGACCCGGAUCAGCUCUUCGUGAGAACGUGUAUGAACUUCCUACAUGCCCUGUUUGCCUGGAUCGGCUGGAUUCGCAGAUUUCAGUCGAUACACAGCGUGUAUGGGACUAUGCUGGCGAUGGGUAUGUACAUCGCAUCAUCCAGGCUUCGUCUGGUGGAAAAUUAGUGGAGCUACCAUCAGCUUCUAACAUGGCUGCCACUACGCCAGAACAUUUAUGGAAUGCGCGGUAUCCUGGCGGUGUUCAUGUAUCGAAUGGUGGUCGUAUCGGUACCAAUGGCUCUACGCCUGCGGCCAUGGAUGAAUCCUUGUCGCGCUCCUCAAACGAGCUGCAUCAGCAGUAUCUCCAGUCCAAGUUAGAGGCUCUGAGCACGGAAUAUUCCAACAUGAUUGUGUCACAACUGGAUUCUCAGCGUGCGUACUAUGAGCAAAAACUUGCGCAACAGAAGCGAAAUCAAGUGGAUAAAGCCAUUUACACAGAGGUGUGUGAAGAGCGUGACAAGUACCAGCAGCAAUGCACCGAUACGCAAGAUCAACUAUCCAACAUUACAGAGGAGUUGAAGAAAAGCGAGGCAUUUUCUUCGAAGCAAGGUCUUCAGCUACGCCGAGCGUUAGAUGCGGCUCGUGAGGCACGCAAAGCGUUGGAGGAGGAAAAAUCUGUCUCUGAUGGGUUAUGUAAACACGUAAAGGAAUUGCAGGAUGUGCGCGAUCAGCUUCAAAAACAAAUGGCCGAACUACAAGAAGAGCUGCGGGAUAUAAUGUUCUUUGUCAGUGCGCGUGACAAGAUCGAGCAAGGUAGUGAUGCUCUUGGCAUAGCAGGUGGUGAUAUAUCUGUACCUGAGCCACCGCCUGAACGAAAGUCCAAGGGCAAGAAACAUCGUAAAUGA